AGUCCUUAUGUAAGCGCGGAGCAGAGUAGGAACAAAAUGCUGUUCAUGUGAUUCAGACAGAAUUCUCGUUGGCAUCAAUGAAAGGAAGAGAGCAGCCUUUGGCCCUAGAAAUCGGGCUCCUUUAAGGCUGUUUUCUUUCUCUUGAGGUCACAGCUUAGGUACACAAAGUGGUUUUGCCUGUAAGUUUACCACCUUGUCCCGUGACCUGUCUGGAUCUCCUAGGGGAACAGGGUGAGCUCCCUUCACUGCUCAGAUGGGAGAGUUUGUGUGGAGCUGCAGACACUGCAGGAAAUGGAGUCAGUGAUGGUACUGCUGAGUGAAAAGUAAACAAUUGCUGUCAUUUAAUUAGACCAUCAGACCCUUUCACAUGUGCAUGUUAAAUAAAAAUAAUAUUUUCUGGAGGCCAGGCAAAAGAUUUGCUAGAGCUGUGAAUCUUCUUGUCUCUAUUAAAGACCGGCUGUUAGCUCACCCCUCACAAAUAAGCUGUAGGAGCUGGGAAUACUGUGGAACUGAGGGAAAAAGUAGUGACCGGGGCUGUGAUGACAUUCUAAUAUUAGCGAAGAUGCUCCUUUCCUUCACAGUCCUUUGUCAAUCACUCCAUUUAUCCUUCUGGUUUUGUCAUUUGCUCCCCUUUUUUUUUUUUUUUUUCAUGUAGGGCCAGGGGUGAAGACUAUGCUCAGACUUUUAAUUCAAAUUUGUUUUUAUUAUCUUCCGAAGGUCCUGAUGCUGAGCACAGGAAUGGGUGACCGUGUGUUGCCAACUUGAGUGGUCCACAGUGGACAGAGCCAAGGAAAUCCACGCCUGAUGUAUCUAGGCUGAAACUUCAGAAUGAAAUGAAUCGUGAUUUCCACUUCAUCAUUGUCACUGAGGAGAAUUAUUCCUUCAUUUUCUGCUGGGAAUUAUUGCUACUGCUCAGAGUGUCUUGAAGUUCUGCACAGUGUUGCUAAAUGCUGAUAAAUGGCUUCUACAUCUCUCGCUACGCGUGGGCGACUUGAUUCAUAUUUAUAGCUUGUGUAUUCACACCACAAGAGGUACAAUGAGCAGCCUCAGGAGCGGCACCAGACUCAGCUGGUUUGGAAAUGAGAAACCAGAUCCAGAAGUGAGAGACAGAACCUCGUCUCGGGGGCCCAGCAGAUGCUUCAGAAUUAGUGAAUUGAUUAAGAUCUCUGAAUGACCGUAGGCUUGAUUUUGAUGGCUUUAUUGGAAGAUCUAAUGAUGCAUUUCAUGAAGUGAUUGCUCUCCAGCCUCGGUGGCUGAGGGUAUAAACCACUUCUGCCACACUGUCACCCAUGGACAAGUCAGAUUGUUUUUAAACAAACCUUUUGGAUCUUUUUUUUUUGCACUUCCCCUUUCCCCUCUGUUUCUCCUUAAUGUUGAGAGCCUUUUUCUACACUUUGAUGUGAUUGAUAGUCCUGCUGCUUCGUGCUGCUGAUUUCAGUUUUAAGGUACAAUGGCUCUAAGUGGCAACUGCAGGACUUACCUUCCUGCUCGAGAGCAGGGGACUGGGCUGCACUCCUUCCCGGAGGUAGUGGAGCUAAACGUGGGUGGCCAGGUUUACUUCACUCGCCACUCCACCUUGGUUGGCACCCCUCACUCACUGCUAUGGAAAAUGUUUACCCCAAAGAGAGACACAGCCAAUGAUUUGGCCAAGGACUCCAAGGGAAGAUUCUUUAUCGACAGAGAUGGUUUCCUUUUCCGCUAUAUUCUGGACUAUCUCAGGGACAAGCAAGUGGUUCUGCCUGACCACUUCCCAGAGAAGGGAAGGCUCAAGAGGGAGGCUGAGUAUUUUCAGCUCCCAGACUUGGUCAAACUCCUGACUCCCGAUGACAGCAAGCAAAGCCCCGAUGAUUAUUGCCACAGUGACUAUGAAGAGGUCUCCCAAGGCAGUGACACGAGAAUAUGCCCACCCCCAUCACUCUUACCGCCUGAUCGGAAGUGGGGAUUCAUUACCAUCGGGUACCGGGGGUCGUGCACUAUUGGCAGGGAGAGCCAAGCAGAUGCCAAAUUCAGGAGGGUCCCAAGGAUUUUGGUUUGUGGAAGGAUUGCUCUGGUCAAAGAGGUCUUUGGAGAAAGUUUGAAUGAAAGCAGAGACCCAGACAGGGCUCCAGAAAGGUACACCUCCAGGUUUUAUCUCAAGUUCAAGCACCUGGAGAGGGCUUUUGACAUGUUGUCCGAGUGUGGAUUCCACAUGGUGGCCUGCAAUUCCUCAGUGACAGCUUCCUUCGUCAACCAGUACACAGAUGACAAGGUCUGGUCCAGCUACACCGAAUAUGUCUUCUACCGUGAGCCCUCCAGAUGGUCCUCGUCCCACUGUGACUGCUGUUGCAAGAAUGGGAAAGGCGACAAGGAGGGGGAGAGCGGCACAUCGUGCAACGAGCUGUCGACGUCGAGCUGCGACAGCCAGUCGGAGGCCAGCUCACCCCAGGAGACCGUCAUCUGCGGCCCCGUCACCCGCCAGCCCAACAUACAGACUCUGGACCGCCCAGCCAAGAAGGGGCCGGUGCAGCUACUCCAACAGUCUGAGAUCCGGAGGAAGAGUGACCUGCUCCGGACUCUCACCUCCGGCUCCCGGGAGUCCAACUCCAGCAAGAAAAAAGCAGUGAAGGAGAAGCUCUCCAUUGAGGAGGAGCUAGAAAAAUGUAUCCAGGAUUUCCUCAAAAUCAAAAUCCCAGACAGGUUUCCAGAAAGAAAGCAUCCCUGGCAAUCCGAACUGCUGCGGAAGUACCACCUAUAGGCACAGAGCAGGGAGAGCAACAAUCUUAGUCCUGUUAGAGCAAGAUUCUAAGUGAUACGAAACUAAUUCCCAAUACUAAUUAGCUGUGAGGUCACAAAACCAAUCCUGUCUCUAUAACGCUGCCUAAUUUGCCUCUUUCACUUUAACAUUUCUAGUCAUAGGGUAAAGAUAUUUUUUGAGUCGUGGAAGCACAAUGACAAACGCUUUUGUUUGUAAACUCUGAGUCUUACAUAAGCUGAAUACCUUAAGGGCACAACCGUACCGACAAAGAGAUGCUCAUGUAUGGAUGCUGCUGAUGCUGGUGGGAACGCGGCGGGUGAGCAGGCAAUGUCCGGGGGUCUGCACGCGUUCUGCAUUCCCCUUGUGGUGUGUUUGUUGGGAGGGAUGUGCGCAGCUCAAAGAAGGAAGCUAUGCCAUGACAGUUUACCUUAAGCAUGUGCAUAUAUAUAUAUGUGUGUAUAUAUAUAUAUAUAUCUGUGUAUAUAUAUAUAUGUAUAUAUAUAUCAAUAUAUAUUGCUUAAAGAUUUUCUGGCACUCCUUAUAACUGCACUUUCUCAGAAAAGAGGAUUUUUUAGCAGUCUGUGGAUGUUCUGUUUCUUUUUCAGGUCUUUGAGGGUGGAAGAGUAGAAAAACCAUCUCACUGUCUCUCUCUCCCCCUCUCCUUCUCUCUUUUUCCUCCUUUUCUGAGACGCUGUAAAUGCAUUUUGGUGGAGACCAGGGAGUGGUGUGUGGGUCUUUGUUGCCGUCAGCACAAUAUUCCAUUUGUUUUUGAUGAUCUUGUUCCCACUGCGUCCUCCCCACUUCUCUUGUUGUGUUUCUUAAGGCACUGUGGUGCUGGCGGGUUAAACAUGCGUAGAUCCCAGUUGGAAAGCUGUAGGAAUUCUUCCCAGGUGGAGCACAGUGGCAGCCAGAGUGGCUGUGCUGGUGAGGAGGGCUGAGGUUGCAGGCUUCCAGGCAUGCGUGCCAAUAGCUUUGGCCCCAGCUGGCAGGGAGAGUGGGCGCUGCAUCCUGUCCGGCACAGAAGCAAACACAAGAAAUUAUCCAUCCAACCAGCCAGGUUUAGUGCUUUGGCUGGUGGGGGGGGUCGGUUGCUGGAGGAUGGCAGCAGCAUCGUUCCAGCCACGUGCGUCUCAAGAGGAAUUGCAGACCCCAGGGAAGGCGCCCACGUUCCCUCCUGCAGAAACCCAACUUGGUGUCAGUCCCAUCCGCAGCCGGUGCCAGGACGUUAGCCAGCAAACCGAGUCCUGUGUAACCCACUGCAAACAGGCUGGAGAGCGGUCCUGGCAUCGACUGGAGUGGGGGCCCCACAGACCCUGGGGCGCAGGAGCUUGGGGAAGGGGUCUGUGGGGUGCAACAGGCUGACACAGCCGAGGGACGCAGCAGCACAUCAGAGAGGGAGAGAGAGCACCCAGGAACUGGGUGUUAGUGAGUGGCCAAAGGUGUAGGGCUGGCAAAACCUGGAGCAGGCAGGAAUUGAGGGGGUGCUUGGCUCAGCGGGGCUGAGCUCAGGGUGAGCUUGGGCUGCCGGGGCAGGAGAGCCCAGAAAAGCGAUGGACAAAUGAAUUGCUCCAGAUAACCUAAUCUAGCCAUAGCUGGGAACAAGCCAGCUAGAGUAUUUGAGAUAGAUUAUUCCGUUUCUAAAGGCACAGGAGGAUUAUAUAUAUAUAUUGAUAUAUGGGAAGUGAUAGUGCUGGUAACACAAAGUGCUUUCGUUCUGACUUAUUUCUUCAGGUUCCAGGGCUUCCUCUCUCUCAGAUUUCAGAGACUGCCGUAGGUGAUGUCAGGUACAUCCAGAUGGUUUCUGUUGAUGCUCAUGCAUUUUCCGCAAGGUGGUAUCUUUGUGCUCACAGGGCACCGCUGCACAGACAGGUCUGGCUGUGACAUUUCUGUUUUGCCAGAACCAUGAGGUCUGCAUGAGCCCAUAGACAGGUUUCUACCCUUUGCUUAGCUGUGGAUGUUGUGCAGGUGUUCAGUGGUGAGGUUGUGGAUUUUUACCAGCAAAAAAGGAAGCAAUACUUGUCCAGAGCAAUCCGUAAGCAUGAGCUGGCUGUAGGGAGCAGGGAAAAAAAAACCUCCCAGCAAUACAUCUCCCAGUCUUUGGACAACAGGGCUUGGAUGUGCAGCUUUGCACCAUCUCUGCUGAGGUUUUGUAUGCAAGAAGGGUGCCAUUUCCUACAGUGAACGUGCAGUAUUGGUAAUGCAAGAUGAAAAUCCUGGGGAAUGUCUGUCUCUGUGGGAGAUCUCAGCACUUCUUGGGAUGAGGCUUUAGGUUCUAAGGUGUUCGCUCACACUCGAGUUCAGGCAUGGUGGUUGUGCCAUCCUAUGCUUGCUUGCUCAAAAGGCACAUUUUCACGCAGAAAUAGGUGCUGGGCAGAGAUUUGGUUCCUCUUAGUUAUUCAUUAGUUUAUAACGUUUUGCUUUUCAUACUCAGCAUUUCUUGCAUCUCCCUCCCCCUCAACCCCUCAGGCUCUGGCACAAAGCAAACAAAACUAGGGAAACUGAUAGGGAUCUCCCUCGGGAUUCCCAGCUGAGCCCACAGUUUAGAGUGGUCAUCUCUCUGCCUCGGCAUAGGCUGCGGUUAAAGCCUUGUCUUUUCCACCAGUCCAGGUCAUUCCCUGUCCUUUUUACUAUCACAAAUUUUUGGGCUAUAAUGUAGAUGUUAAGAGUGUGUCUGUGUGUGUGUGUUCCCAGACUGACGUUUAGGGUGCACAGGACUGCAUGAUGAUUAAUAACUGUAGAAGAAUUAGACCAAAUGAAAUGCUCCCAAAUGGGCUUGAUUUUAUGUGGCCUUCAUGUCUUCAGUUCUAGAUGAAAUGGUUAUUGCUCUCCAGUGCUACAGAAAUAAGGUCUCAAACUUCAGUAACCAUGGGCAGGUCAAGCCUGCUUGGAGGCAGAUCGCUCGUGGCUCCGAAGGAUGGAGCGGGAGGAAGGUGGGUGCCCAGGCAGGUGGGUGCAUGUGUGUGUGUGAGACCCCUUCUGAUGUGCUACUGCAGGGAUCCGGUUCUGCUCUCACUUCCAGGGCAGUUUGGUGUAAAAGUAGCUGGGAGCUGUGAUUCGAGGCUUUCUGCUGCUGAGUCUGACCGCAGACUCUGGGUGCCAUGGUCUCUGUUGCAGAGGAGCCCCUGGGCAAGGGCGGGAACAUCCACCCCUCCCCAGUGAGGUUUAGCCCAAGCACUGGAUGGGUGACGUCCUUACUGCCACCCAAAGGUCUCCUCCUCUCGCUCCUUGCCUCACUGCUUUUCUCUGGACUGCCAGUACCCCAACCACUCCCUGCUAACGAGCUGCACUUCGGGCAUCUCGUUCUGCCACCAUUGGGCACGCGUGGGACCCUGCUAACAUGAGCCCCUGCCACAGAGGCGGGGAGAGGGGGGAGCACCACGCGAUGGUGUGCAGAAACUGUGGGAGACACCAGCACCAGGGCCCUUAGAAAUGCCACUCCAUGACAGCCCCAUCAUUCAUGUGACAGUAGGUAGGAAAGAGCAACAAAACCUUCUCCUACUGGAGGUGUCCGCCCCGGACAGGCACCGAGGUGGGAAUUUUUCUUAUUGCAGAAGGGUGAAGUGUUAACUCUGGAAGACCUCUCCCUGAAAAUAAUGUGAUGCACGCAUACCUAUGCAUCUAUACUUAUCUACAGGCACAUAUACAUAUAGACAGCUCUAGGUAUACACGCACACCCCUGGAUGAAAGGCAUAUGAUGCCUUUUUGGCAACGCUGUUCUCCCACGUCUGCAGAACGUGGCACCACUUACUGUUAAAAGGUGAAGGAGAAAUUCCUGGCUAUCAAAAUGGUGCCUCAAACCAAACCAACAGCUCAGCAGAAAGGGGGAAAUGCAGUUGGUGCUCAGCACAUCGGGCACUUUGUCCCUCCUGGGUGUCUCCGUGGGACUGUGCAGGGCGUGGGUGCAGCCCCCUCUGCUCACCUGGUGGCAUGGGGGAGAGCAGGGAGACAGAGGCAAUGCACUGGUGGAAAAGGGAACUGGAAUAAUGGGUUGUCUGAAAGGUAGCUGGGGUCUGAGCUCUCAAAAUAUUUAGCCCUGUUCUGCUUUGUUUCAGUGGGAGAACCGAUGUCUGUCUCUGGGACUUUUUUGGUCACUUGUUGCUGGCAAGCCAAAAUGAGUCAGUUAACAGAGUACUUUAUUCUUUCUAAGGUGUCUGGGGAGCAAAUUGGGCUUUGAGCUACUUUCCGCUCAUAACAAAGGCCAAAUAUUGGUUCAGUUGAAACUAAUAUGAAAACUUACAUUGACUUCAGUGGGACUGAGACUCCACUAGAAAAGCUUUUCUCAGAAAAAAAAGGCAAUUGUGGCAGUGAGGGUGAGAGAAAGCCAUUAAGCUGUGAUAAAAUUCACAUCCACUUACGUUGCUUGUGCUAUUCAUCACUUCUGGGCACGGUGGACCAGUCCGGUCUGUUGGCGAUUGUUGUGUGUAGCCAGUCUUCUGUCUCCGAGGGCUGCUCGGGAGGCUGGGCUGGCCGAGUGCUGAGGCGUGCUGAGCCCUGCGCAGGGCACCACAGGAUGGGUGCGUUGCAGGUAGGGGGAUGCAUCUGCUGGUGCACGUGGUGCCCUGGGCACCAUUCUGGCCGCAAGCACAGCUCGUGCCUGGGCUCAGCACCACCUGCAUCCCUGCUGGCCUCGGUGACCUGUGCCUGCUUAUGCCUUUACAGUCAGAAACACCAGUUUCCCAGGGCUUUGGUCAUUCCCAAAUGCCUCGAGACAGACAAUUCAGCAGGGCUGAAGCAUCAGGAAGAGCUGAGAGGAGAAUGUGUGUCUGCAGCCCACAGGGAUAUUAAUUUUGUUUUCCCUUGAUUGCCCACGUGUGCCAUAUUGAUGCCAUGCAGAGCUCUGGUGGACACAUUUUGGGUUUUUAAUUCUAGUUUUGUGAGCCUGUUUGCUGGUUUAUCAGCAGAGCUGUGGGCUGAAGGAGAAAACAAGGUUGAUCUUUAUUGGUAGUGACCAUAAUGUUACAGAGGCCUUCAGCCACCUCUCACACUGCUCUCCCAGUCCUAGAGAGGCUGGAGAAAACUUUCCACCUCCCUACCCUGCCCUGCAGCCCUUUCUGGCAUUGUGAGUAUGUGCGUGGACUUGACUUGCAGAGUACUUUAUGCGUAAGGCCCCAUGGAUAUCAUGGUAUAAAAUAAUUGUCCAGUCUUAUGGAUAGUUUAUGCCCCAGCGGGGUUUUGUAGAUUAAUAAUAAAAGAACAAGAAAGCACUUUUAAAUUAUUUAUAUUAUAAAAAGACAUUCUUUAUUUUUCUUGGCAUCGAUAUCACUUAGUUACAAAUCAGUUUAUAAGUAUGAUAUUACAGAUUUUAGACUAUAGCAAUGAUAAAGCAAAUGCGAAAAAGCAGAAUUCAGAACUGGACAGACCAGACUUGCCAACAGGGACCGGGAGGCUGGCAGGGCCGAGCCUUCAGCAGGGGCCGGCGUCCCUUCGCCGGCUCCUCCGGCCGUGCCAGCCCAGCUAUGGGGAGCUGGGCUGGUCCCUGCCCCGUGUUCGCAGGGAGCGAUGGCCCCGGCCGAUGGGUUGAUGUGUGCAUUAAGAGGGGUGAGCGCUGCCAGCGCGCUGCUUUCCCAGCUGACACAGGAUCUGGAGGAGGGGUUGGUGAUUUUAUGCUCUCUUCGGGGCCUUGCUUGUGUUACAUUUUCGGACCUCAUACGAGCACCUAAUGACUUCGCUGAAGCCGAGUCAGUCUGUUGCACAUUGAUGUAGACUAAGUGGCACCCACUGAAUUACCUCUCUACUUUCCAACGUGGUUCACUUGUACAUAAGUGUGAUGUCAAAUUGUUUACAGGUUAUUUUGUGCGUAAUUGUGGAAAAAAAAAUACAAGUUUUAACUACAAAUUUAAAGGAAUUGAUUUUACUGGAAGGUGUUUAAGAAAAUGAAUGUGCUUAAUACAGUAUAGACAUCCUUGAUUAUGGUCUCACAUGAAUGCAUGUAUCUCUGUGUUGUCAGUCCCCACCCGUGAGGUUAUUGGCAAUAUUCUGCAGUCUGUGAAUAGCAAAUAUGCAUAAACUACUGUGACUCUGACAAAUAUAACUUGGUAACUGUUUCUACUGUGGUAUGUAAAAAAAAAAAAGUCCUGUAGCUUUUAGCCUGCUGUAUUUCCCCGAUAUAAACAACACCAUGAAAGGCAGAGAUACAUGUUGGAACCCAACCUGAACAAGUCAUCGCCAUGACCUGUGUGGAGUCAUUCGUGCAGUGGCACCUGCCAGGGAGCUGCGUCCAACUGCUAAAAAUACCUAUUUAUAGAGGCUCGGAGGUGGUAAAUGAGUGUUGCUAUUGCCUUCUGCUCCAGCGUCACUGCUGGCAGAAGAGAUGACCUUUUGUUUAGGAUGGUGAUAAAUGAAGGGAGCCACUCCUUAUUAAUCGUUUCCGUGCGCAAGUUGGGUGUUACACAACACGCUGGUGAGAAGCACAGCGCUUGGUGUUGUGGCGUUGGGCGGCUGAAAACUGCCGCUCAUUUGUGUCUUGCCAUUCAAAUAAACCAGUGCACACACUGCAAGAGCUCAGCAGAGAGUGAACAAGUUGGUUUCCUUCAACUCUCACAUAUACACACACACACACACAUAUAGAUAGAUAAACUCACGCUCUCUCGCCUGCUGUGGUUUCGCAUCAGUUCAUGUUAAUCAGCUCCCUGCAGGCUGGGGAUUAUUCUCUCUUGGAGGUGGUUUGGGGUUGUUUUUCCCUUCAUUUACUUCUGGGUGGGGCUGAAAAAUCACAGUUCACCAGUCGCAGGGGAGAUUCUUCUUCCUCCCCAUCUUGAACAGAGAUUUUCUGAUACCGUGACUUGAAGAUACUGUCACCAGCAGCAAUACUUCUGGAAAAGCCAUUGUUGGUCGGGGUCACCUGCCAGAGUGUUCCCAAAAUUACUGUGGCAUACUUUUCUCUUGUGUCAUUUCAAAGACACCUUAGAAAGGGACAUCUUCCUUAACCUGGCUGAGCCACGGAAGGGAGAAAGCACAAGGCAUGGCAGGAGCAGAAGGAUACAGAAGGGAAGGCAGGAUAUCUCUUCUGGAUGUGGAGAGGCAGCCAGCGGGGGCCUGUCUUGGCGCUGGUCCCCGUCCAUCCCAGACAGGGCCCGGGGUCCGCAGGUGGUGCCCAGCUGCGAGGCUCUGCCUUCCUCCAGUCGCUGCUGCAGAGAUCACAGGAGAGGCGGACUGCCAGGGGUGGGAGGAAGCCAUUUGCAAUCCUCGCUCCCCCAGCAGAGCUAUUCUGGGAAUGAUGGACUCAUAAUUUGGAUUUAUUGUCCUUUCUCCUUCCCUCGGCCCAGCUGUCGGGUGGGAAAUGGGCUCUGCUCCCCACCCGAGGUGGCCCAACUCUUACAGCCGUGCAUACAGGCUAAUGACUAGAAUCGGGAAGCAUCGCCGUGGGGAAGCUGGGUCUGCCAAAGGCAAUUGCUCAUCUGUGGGGCUGAGUGUCCUGAGGUGAUCGUUUUAUUAUUAUUUUUACUCUGUGGCACUUGGCUGUUCAUCAGUGGAAGCCCUUUCCAAUGGCCCUUUCCCUGGAGAAGGUGAAAGAUCCCGUCCCUGCGGAGCUCCCCCCAUACGGUGCCUCACCAUUGCGGGGAUUUGGAUGUUACAGUGUCUGCACAAGCAUAUGGAAGGCAAAGCACUUCUGGAAGUUGUGUCUCCUCAGAUGGUGAGGCAUGAUGCUUGCUGAGCGCCGUGCUGCACCAGCUCGCUCCGCUGGCAGCCCCCGACCAGCCCACGCUGGAGGUACCACGAGCCAGAUGACAAUGUGAUUUCCAGCAGAUGACUCUGCCUUCUGCAUCGAUGACAGCAUGCCAGCACCUGCAGAGCCAGCACCAGGGGCUCUGCGCUUCCCCAGCUGCCAUCACAACUCUUAGGUUGAGCUUCUCCCACAUUAAUGACCCUUGUCUGGAGCCAAGGACGUGGGGAGAAAGGGCAGGGAUGAAAGGAAGACAUGGUUCUGCUGCUAUUCCUAAACAACCCUGGUGGUCUGUAACCCUGUUUACCUGCCUGCUUCCUCCCGGGUGGCAGUUGAAGCUCGGAGCUCGUUGCCAGCUGUCAAGUGAGCAGCAUUGUCCUCUCCCAGGGCUGGUUUGGCCAGGGAGCACUUGGAGCACUGAGGCUUGGAAAGUGAAGGUAAAGAUCAGCUCACAUGUUAGUGCCCUCGUCUUCAUGCAAAUAAAACAAGUAUUGGUGCUGUUGUCACCAGUUUUCAUUCACAAUGGCACAUGCUGCUUCUGACAGCGUGUGGCUCGGUCCGGUGCCGGGAACACCAACCAGCGGCUGCACACAGCCAGACUCCAGCUGCCUGUGGAGCUCCUGUGCUUGGUGUGGAUGAGACGCUUGUGGUGGAUGGAUUCUGACUUUGCUGACCAGUUGAUUUUGAAAGAAUAUCAGUUUGGAAUAAACAAAAAAUAGAUUUUCUUU